ACAACCUACAAAGGGAAAUCUUCCUUCCAGACAUAUGCUGACUACCUGAAAUGGGAGACAUUCCUGCAGCAGCAACUCCAGCUCUUCCCAGAGGGCUCUGCUCUCCGGCAUGGUUUCCAGACCUGUGAGCACUGGAAGCAGAUCUUCAUGGAGAUUAUAGGAGUGCAGAGUGCCCUGUAUGGACUCGUCCUCUCGCUGGUUAUUUGUGUGGCUGCAGUGGCGGUGUUUACCACUCACAUCCUCCUCCUGCUGCCAGUGCUGCUCAGCAUUUUAGGGGUGGUCUGCUUGGUGGUGACCAUCAUGUACUGGUCUGGCUGGGAAAUGGGAGCUGUGGAAGCCAUUUCCCUCUCCAUUCUCGUUGGCUCCUCUGUCGAUUACUGCGUGCACUUGGUGGAGGGCUACCUGCUGGCAGGGGAAAACCUGCCACUACACCAGGCAGAGGACCCCACAGCGUGCCGCCAGUGGAGGACAAUUGAAGCAGUCCGUCACGUGGGUGUGGCAAUUGUCUCAAGCGCCGUCACCACAGUGAUUGCCACCGUCCCGCUGUUCUUCUGCAUCAUUGCCCCUUUUGCCAAGUUUGGGAAGAUUGUGGCCCUCAACACAGGAGUCUCCAUCCUGUACACAUUAACUGUGAGCACAGCCCUGCUGAGCAUCAUGGGGCCUGGCACCUUCAUCCGCAGCAGGACUUCCUGCCUCAAGGCUGUGGUGGGGGUGCUUCUUGCCGGCCUGCUGGGUCUAUGCAUCUGCCUUGCCCUGCUGAAGAGCGGAUUUAAGAUCCCUCUGCCUAAUGGGACAGCCCUGUAG